AUGGCCUCAUCUGGCCGAAACACGCGUGCGUCGACUCGCAAUGACGGGCGAUUCUCUCUUCAAAUGCGAGGUAGACGCUCCAAUGAGAAAGCAAUCAUCGACAAUCCUCUAGCCUAUCUGACGGAUGAAGAAUUGCAACGGGACGUCCGAUCUUUCGUAGAGAACCACAUACCGUCUAUCGCAUACGAAGAUCUUAUACGUGCUGCUCGAGUUGCGAAAGACGCCCGUUUGUAUGAUCAAGUUGCGAGGAAAGAGGGAUACCAUACCGAGUCAGACCUCUUGGUGCAACUCACUGAAGAGGAGAAGGGAGCUCUGCGCCGUGAAAGGGAUGUGCCCUUUAGUGAAAAAGGCAUGCGAAUUGUCAUUCUGACGGUUUCCAUUGCCGCUCUAUUACAAGGCUUCGUUCAAUCAUCUUUCAAUGGUGCUGGGUUGUAUAGACAAGAGUGGGGGCUGGAAGAACACGUCAGGAUCGGCAGUACUGUGAAUUGGAAAUUCGGAGCCGUUAACGCGGUUCCUUUCUUUGUUGCUGCAUGUAUUGGCUGCCCUCUUGCUCUACCAAUCAAUUACUGGUUUGGUAGGCGUGGAGGCAUUUGCGCUGCCGCCAUGUUGAUCUUCGCGAGCUCCAUAGCAGCAGCCUUUUCAGUAUCUUGGUAUUGUCUGCUAGGGGUUAGAGUAUUUAACGGCAUCGGCAUGGGCAUCAAGGCCGUCAGUACGCCAAUCUUGGCCGGAGAGACUGCUGUUGGAUUCUGGCGAGGAUCCGCUAUCCUUUUGUGGCAGCUAUGGGUCGCGUUUGGCAUCAUGAUUGGCUUCGCAUUUAAUCUUCUCUUCACAAAGGCUGAAACGAAACGAACAACACUGGCUCUUAUCAAUGCGGCGCCCAUGGUACCCAGCCUGGCACUCCUGAUUAUCGCCGUAUUCUUUUGCCCCGAAUCUCCUCGAUACCAUCUUACAAAAGGCCCCAACUAUGAUGUCAAAAAGGCCUUCAUAAGCAUGGCCAAGCUGCGAAACACUGAGCUGCAAGCAUUACGGGAUAUGUAUCUUGUGUAUAAGUCGCUCGAAAAUGAGUCUAUGGGUCUAGGGAGCUUAGACGCCAACGCGUUUCGAUCGCCGGGAUUCUUUUGGGUCAUUCGAGAUUUCCUCAGACAGUACAGGCAGCUGUUCCAGCAGAGGCGUUUGUAUAACGCCUUGAUAUCUGCUUCGACGGUGAAUUUGGCCCAACAGCUUUGUGGAAUUAACGUUAUGGCUUUCUAUUCUGGAUACCUCUUUACCAACACUGGGACUGGUGGCGAAUACUCGAAAAUGAUAUCAAUGGUGUAUAGUCUUGGCUUCGGCGCAAUCAACUUCUUGUUUGCACUGCCGGCUGUGAGAAGUAUCGAUACCAUGGGCAGACGCAGAUGGCUCCUGGUAACGCUUCCUUUCAUGGCGCUGUUCAUGCUCGGCGCCGGCUUAUCUUUCAUGAUUGAAAAUCCGACCAUCAGGAUAGGGGUUGCUGCUUUCUUCUUAUUCACUAAUCCACUCGUACCUCAGGGAACAUCUUGGGCAAUUGCGAUUAACUUGGGCUUCGCUGGUCUCUUGUCAAUUGCCUUCCCAAUUAUUGAUACAGGCGUCAAAGCAGCUGGCGCACUGUGCAUCUUCGCAAUUCUCAACGUCAUUGCCUUUGUUUUGGUCUUUUUGCUGGUCGAAGAGACAAAGCGCCGCACCCUCGAGGAGCUGGAUCACAUCUUUGCUGUUUCCAAGAGAAAGUUCAUGCGGUACCAACUAUUCGACAACCUCCCGUGGCUGAUCCGAUGCCGUCUCUUUGGAAGCAAGCAGCCUAAGCCGGAGCUCUAUGAAGACAUGACAUGGGGCUCAGCCUCAGCAGACUAUGACGACUCGACGCCUUUCCAGAAUGCUGAAUUUAUGGGACGCUAUCAGGUACCAGCAAUCCCAGCGGCGGUGGAAUUGGCCCAGCAUCGCAGUUUUGAGUUUGCCCCAAUUGAGGCAAGGGCGCAAUCCAGUGAAUAUAAUUUGAAGGCAACAAACAACUUUGGUCCCGUGAGCAACCGAUUCUAG